CAACCCAUAUUGGGAAUAAGACUUGUUUUAUCGCGAGAUUUCCGUUCUGUAUCACAGUGUCCUUGUCCUUUGCGAAAAUGGGUUUCUUCGACUUUCCCGAAGGCACGGACUGCGUCCAAAAACUAUGGUUGUAUACAAAACUAUCUACAGCUGCAGGACUGGUCACUUCUUCAUAUCACUUAGUGUUUUCAGCAACUGAUUCGACCUUGACAGCACUGAAGAAGACCGGCCCCUUGACCUUAACUAUUGCCUCCAUGGGAGCCAUCUUUGGUGUCACCACGUGUCUCAGUGCUCAAACCCUUAAAAAUCCAGAAGACCCACUGAACUACUUCCUUGGUGGUUGUGCCUCUGGGAUUAUCCUGGGAGCCAGGACCCGUAGUGCAGCAACAGGAGCCAAAGCGUGUCUGGCUCUGGGAGGACUGGGUUACAUUUCACAAAUGGCUAAGAAUGAGAAGUGGAAUAUCCUUCAACCUCCAAAACACGGACGAAUGUAAUAUUUAGUGUAUGUUUAAUAAAAAAUUCCAUUUAAUAAAAUUAUUCAGUUACUCAAUUA